AUGUCCACAACAUAUUCCUCCCAGACUGAUCCCCAGUCUCUCCUUUCGACAUGGCAUAUCCACAAGCAAGAAGCAAACGCCGGCAAGCGCCUCGGAAUGCGCAGCCUUGAACUUCUUGCCGUCACGGGAGCCAUGUUUGUCGUCCCCAGUGUCAUCCAGCGCCUGGUCCACAGCUUGGACGACGUCUACGAGCUCCUGGGCCGUCGCGCACGCUCACCGUAUGCAACCAUCUCCUGGACGGGCGUCAUCGUCGCUCUUCUGCUAUUACUGGCUUGGCACGUCUGGUUAGGCAGACUGAGCUAUCGCGUCGUAUUGGAAGAUGGGCCUGCGCGACGGGCAGGCGAAAGGAGCAGUGCUAGGGACGAGAGGGUAGAACAGAACACAGCCAGCGGACGCGUAAAAUGGGGCCGUGUACUUGGGCGCGUCGUUAUACCGUUACUUCUCGUGGUUUUCGCAGUUCAUUUCGUCUACCAGCUUCUUCACAUAGUCACGAAACCGGCGCCGUUGAUCACAGCGAACACAGGCGGGAUUGACGAGGUCCGUAAUCCAAUAAACGGCUUGCCAUAA